CGAAUCAGCGUUACGUCUAAUUUUACGUAAUCUUUGUUUUGAAAUGGUAAAAAUAAGCAAAUGUUGCCGGAUAAACAUUAAAUGAUCAGCUAAUAAAAAUAAUAGAUAAAAUUUGAAAUAUUUCAACUAAUUCCUGUUUUCACGAAAAAUUAUAUUUUAUAUUAUUUUUAAAUAGCAUAUUUUUAUCGAAUUUAGAAUGGAAAUUGAUUAUAAACUUGUAAGAGAAAUAGAAUGUAAACAAGGAGCUGUCAGAGCUGUACGAUUUAGUGUUGAUGGUGCUUAUUGUUUAACUUGUGGAGCUGACAGAAAAUUGAAGUUAUGGAAUCCUUACAGGGGUGUUUGUUUGAAAGUAUAUGGAGGACAUGGAGAUGAAGUAAUGGAUGCUAAUGCAUCAUGUGAUAGCAGUCAGAUAGUGUCUUGUGGAUUGGAUAAAUCGGUUAUCCUUUGGGAUGUAGCAACUGGAACACCAGUUCGACGUUUAAGGGGUCAUGCAGGACCUGUUAAUACUGUAAGAUUCAACGAAGAAUCUUCUAUGGUUGUUUCUGGAUCCAGAGAUAACUUGGUUAUGUUAUGGGAUGUGAAAUCUAAAGCACUGGAACCUGUGCAAUGUUUGAAUGAUGCUAAAGAUUCUGUUUCUAGUGUUAGGGUAUCAGAUCAUGAAAUUCUAACAGCCUCAUUUGAUGGGAAAAUACGCAGAUAUGAUAUUCGUGUAGGUGAAUUAUAUACUGACUACAUGGGAGACGCAGUAACCUGCGCCAGUUUCACAAGAGAUGGUCAAUGCGUAGUUGUUAGUUGUGCUGAUGGUGUGGUUAGAUUAAUAGACAAAGAUUCGGGAGAAUUGCUUGGGGAAUUUGCUGGUCACAUGGCAAACAAUUUGUGCUUAGAAUCAAGUGUUGACACUCAAGAUACUUGUAUUAUUUCUGGAUCUGCAGAUGGGAAAUUAUGGAUAUGGGAUUUAGUGUCUCAAAAAGUAGUUGCAAAACUCUCAGGAUUCAAACCAACGAAACAUCCGACAGUGUCAUUAAGUGUUCAUCCGCAAACAAACUGUUUCUUAGCUACCAACGGACCAAAUGUAUUAAUGUGGAGCACCGCAUCGGGGCAAGAGUAAUACUAAGAGGACCAAGUUUGUGUUUCAUUGUUUUUGUACAUAUCAUUUUGAAUGUUAUCACGUCAGAGAUUAUAAUUAUGAUAUACUGUCGUUGAUAUACUAUUUAACAUCAAAUAAAAAAAUGUCCAAGGAA